ACCUGGUAAAAGUCGAGCGGGAUUAUCGAUAAGAUAGAUAAGACACGUGUGUGGCAAUAGUGGGGCACAGAUUAUUCAAAGUCUUAGGUGUGAGUACGUACCUAAUCCUACUAGUAUUCAACCCCUGCAACCCUUACGCGAACCACACACAAUUUUCCACUCUCAAUCCAUAAUCCUCCAAAAACUCGCGAAAGUUUUCCGAAUCGUAGUUCGACAUCCAGCAACAUACCGCAAACCGACCGUUCGUGAUCACCGUUAUCGCAACACCACAUCCGACAAUAUGUCUCACGAAUCCGUCUGGAACUCGCGCCCGCGAACGUACGGCAAGGGCUCUCGUGGCUGCCGUGUCUGCACCCACAAGGCCGGUCUGAUCCGCAAGUACGGCCUCAACAUCUGCCGUCAGUGCUUCCGUGAGAAGUCCUCCGACAUUGGCUUUGUCAAGCACCGAUAAACGCCCUUCGGAAUGUGGCUUUCUUUCCUACCACGAUAUCUCUCGUCAGGCAUCGUCAAUGCGACUGCGGAAAUGGAGUUGUUGGUUUUUUAUUAGGAACAGGGUUGAGCAUUUGCCUUGAGGCAUUGGUAUAGGCUUGCGUGGAAGGAAAAUGAGCAAAUGGCUCUUCGGUUCGACUAGACAACUAAACCACCACGACAAUGCUUACGAGAAUUCGAUGAUGUUAUCCGUUCUUGCAUCGUAUAAAAUGUGACGAUUUUUCUUGCAGGACCUCCGAUUCAAUCCGAAUGAAGAUCCCGUUAUUUCCCAAGGGGUGGACACCUAUUAAUCCAUUUCUCAACUAUGGUGAUACGAGCGAA